AUGACCAGUCACAUGAGACUAACAAAGGAGCUCGGUGACAUCAGGAAAUCUGGACUGAAGCAUUUCCGCAACAUUCAGGUCGACGAAUCAAAUAUCUUAACCUGGCAAGGGCUAAUUGUUCCUGAUUGUCCUCCAUAUGACAAAGGAGCAUUUCGCAUUGAGAUCAUCUUCCCUACUGAGUACCCCUUCAAGCCACCCAAGGUCACUUUCAGUACAAAGAUCUACCAUCCCAAUAUUGACGAGAUGGGUCAUGUCUGCCUGCCUAUCGUCAGUGAGAAGAACUGGAGUCCAGCAUUAAAAACCAUCGAUGUGAUCAAUGAUAUCAUGGCUCUGUUGAACGACCCCCAGCUCGAGCACCCGCUGAGGACAGACCUGGCAGAGGAAUACACCAAAGACCAGGGUCAAUUCAUGAAGAAUGCCGAGGAGUUCACGAGGAUACAUGGUGAAAAGCGACCCAUGGACUAA